GCGGGGCGGGGGCAGCUGUGUUCGGCGCUCCCGGGCAGGAGGUGUGCAGCCCUCGAUCCGUAUCGCUCCGUACCGCUCCGUACCGCUCCGUACCGCCGCGAUGAGGACGCGAACCGCCCGCGGAGCUGCGGCGUGCGCCGGGCUCCGGCUCGGGGACGGACAAGGCCUAUUCUAUGGACAUUGAACACCCAGCUACCUAUGCUUACUGCCUGUGAUGGAAGAGCUUGAUGUUAAUGUGAGUUCGAGUGAGGGCUUCAGUGUAGCAGAGAAGAUCGUACUGCUCACCUUCAUCUCUGCGGUUAUCCUGAUGGCCAUCCUGGGGAACCUGUUGGUGAUGGUGGCUGUGUGCCGGGACAGGCAGCUCAGGAAAAUCAAGACCAAUUAUUUCAUUGUUUCUCUUGCCUUUGCGGACCUGCUGGUGUCAGUACUGGUGAUGCCAUUUGGAGCCAUUGAGUUGGUCCAGGACAACUGGAUCUAUGGGGAGAUGUUCUGCCUUGUCCGAACAUCCCUUGACGUCUUGCUCACCACAGCAUCGAUCCUGCACCUGUGCUGCAUAUCACUGGACAGGUACUAUGCUAUUUGUUGCCAGCCACUGGUGUACAGGAACAAGAUGACUCCACUGCGUAUUGCUGUAAUGCUUGGAGGCUGCUGGGUAAUCCCGACAUUUAUUUCUUUCCUCCCUAUCAUGCAAGGCUGGAAUAGCAUUGGCAUCAUUGAUUUGAUUCAACAAAGGCAGUUCAACAAGGCUUCCAACUCCACAUACUGCAUAUUCAUGGUCAACAAGCCAUAUGCCAUUACCUGCUCUGUGGUGGCCUUCUACUUUCCUUUCCUGCUGAUGGUGCUGGCCUACUAUCGCAUCUAUGUCACCGCCCGGGAGCACGCCCGGCAGAUCCGGGUGCUGCAGCGUGCAGGGACCCCUGCUGACAGCCGGCACCAGCCUGACCAGCACAGCACGCAUCGCAUGAAGACCGAGACCAAAGCUGCCAAGACCCUGUGCAUCAUCAUGGGUUGCUUCUGCCUGUGCUGGGCCCCCUUCUUUGUCACAAACAUUGUGGACCCUUUCAUAAACUAUACGGUGCCUGGGAAGUUGUGGACAGCUUUCCUGUGGCUGGGCUACAUCAAUUCAGGGUUGAACCCCUUCCUCUAUGCCUUCCUGAACAAGCCUUUCAGACGUGCCUUCCUCAUCAUCCUGUGCUGUGGUGAUGAGCGAUACCGAAGGCCUUCCAUCCUGGGGCAGACAGUCCCCUGUUCCACCACCACAAUAAAUGGAUCAACUCAUGUGCUAAGGUAUGCUGUUUUACACAAUGGGCAUCAUCAGGAACACCAGAAGCUUCCCAUCCACAAUGACCCAGAAUCCCAGGAGUCCUGUUUCUAGCCACAGUCCCAGAAGAGGAACGGCCCAGCUGGAGGAGCAGGUUCCUUUUAGGACACCCAAAGGAUUCCCAGACAGUAGAUGAAUGAACACCCAUUCAUCUGCAUUGUCAGGGGGCUGCCUGCACUGGCCCUGAUGAAGGCCCAGCCACAUGCUGUGUGGAUCCAUGGAGCCAAGGAAGGUCCCUGAGCACUGUAUCUUCAAGGAUGGUGUGGCCAUAUGACUGCAUCAGAACCUGCACCUGGGCGUGAGCAGGUUUCUGUGAAGGAAUACCACAGAUGCAAUCUGCCUAGAAUUGGGAAUCCUGUUACUCCUUUCCAGAUGCCAAUUCUGUAUGAGCCACCACUCUAUCCUGUGCUAUCCUGAUCCUAAAGGAUUCUGAAGCCUUGGAAUCACAUGAGAUCAAUUGCUUUAUCCCACUGGUGGCUGAAUGCUGCCAGCAGAGAAACAGCAUUGUUUUCUUUAGCCAAACAGGAGGAAUGUUUGCCUUUUGACUGUCAUUUUGGGGAUAGGUCAGCACGUGCUGCUGAUUCACCCGGCCCCGCAGAGCUUCUCUUGUAAAUGCUUUCAUCAUUCUUCCUGGCCAGGUUCCUUGGAGCAGGAUUCAGGUGUGUGCAGUACCUGCCAAGCUGGAGAGACCUACUGAGACACUCCCCAGCUAACAGCAGGUCCUGGACCACUGUUGCAGCCCACUGCUGAGCCCAGCCACACUCUUCUGCUCUAAGUCCUCAUACGAAGCAUGCAAACACUGCUGCCCUCACCUGAGCAAACUGUGGGCACUGUCAGCAAGCAGAAAGGCUGGUCGAGGGGCUGUCAGACUGUGAUACGUCACUAAGUGCCAUCCUGAAAAACAUACCAUCCAAGAAUCUUUUCCAGCUCCAUUAGGAACACAGACUGCUACUUACCUUUCCCGUCUGUAUUUUUCUUUUCCCUUCUGUUCUCUUCCAGUUGGGGCAAAAAGUUUCAGAACACUAAGAUAACACUGUAUGCACAGCUGCUUGCCAAAACCUCAGCUCUGAGCUGCUUCCUGCAUGUUCGUGUCACUGUGUUCCCUGUGAGCUGCCCCCACUUUGGCACAUCAUUGGUAGGCAAAGCUGUGGACAUCAUGACUUGGGAAAAAUGAUUAUCCUGCAGAGGAAAUACGCAGGAUCGGGACUACUUGCCUCUGCCCUAUUUAACUGAAGAUCUGACCCAGAGAUGCUACCCUGAACCUAGAAGAUAAAACUGUACUUUGUUAUAUUGUGUAGUCAUGUACAGACAUUUUUAAUGUAAAAAAAAAAAAUUAUUGUGGUAUUAUUUAUUAUAGUUUUUUAUCAGGAAUGUGUGAGUUUUGUUCAUUAAAAGCUUCGAGGCCUGGGAGCUUAACAUUAUAUAUCUUAUUUAGUAAUAUUUCUGUUGCCAUGUGACAGAUAUUUACUGUAAACAAUCGAAUCCUGCCUUGAACAAAAUUGUUGCUCAGUAGGAAAAGAAAACUGUGCAUGCUGAGAACAAUGGGCUUCUUUGCCUUGGUGUCUGAGCUCUUCGAAAUGCUUUUUCCACACCAAACAGUCAGAGAUAGCUUCACUUCAUUUUCUUCUAGGAUCCAAAAGAGCAGUGGGCAGAAACUGCUCUAAUUAGAGGAAGCCAGACACAUCCUAGUGUAGGAAAUCCCUGGCACUUAGAAAGAGACCAGCUACUGAUGUUUGGGUCACAGGUGCCGAUGGGAAGAACAUGAGCUGUUUGAAACGAGAUGGUAAGAGAUGGUUUGUGCCAAUUCCACUUCAUCAUUAGGGACGGUCCCUCAAUGACCUGUUUUUAAAGAGGUUUCCAAAAGAACUCAGUGUCAAUUCACCUCUACUGUUAACUCCAAAUCAACACUGGUGGGUGAAAAAAGUAGAAUCUUGUUGAAAGUCUUGGGAGAAAUGCAUCCAAAUGAGCUUCAGGCCGAUGGUUUGUACCUCUGUGGGACUGCUCACACAGGUUCUCUCUGGAUUUGGCUACUCAAGACUGUACAGCAGGUUGCCUAUGAUUAGCUCCAAAUAGCAGGUUUCUUAAAGAAAAGCUAGAGAAGAGUUCAUCUGUCCCCAUUAAAAGGCACCAAAAUAUUGUUGAGUGAUACGGAACCGGCUGCAUGGGGACACAAUAGCAGUCGUGUUCUUUGUUUCUGGUUGUCCCUGAAGCACUGUUUUCUCCUGUAUUUUAAUGUGCUUUAGUAAUACAUUCUUAAUUUAAAAUGAACUUCUCAACACUGGGUUUUACUCACAGGCAGCGUUCAGUAGGCUCUGUCAAUGGGCCCAGUAGCUUACUAACCAAAAUGGUCGACAGGUCUUACUGAUAAAAAAGGAGGAUUCAAUUCUUAAUACUGUAUUUUGUGUCACCUCUGCCUAAAGGCUGGUUGGACUCAGUAAAGCCGUCAAGAAUCACUUGGCAGCUUCUGCUUAAUAAGUCAGUAAUCUCAGCAGUGCUUCUGCAAACACAGCACACAAUGUUGUUCAUCACCAGUAACAUCAGUGUUUCUCUGGAAAAGAAGCUGUCUCAGGGAAAGAACCUGUUCUUUAUUUCCUUCCUCUUCUAAGGGCAGCUGCUCCUGUGGCCUCUGAGUUCAUUUUCCCAUUGACCAUUUUGGCUAGUGGUUUCAGAGUCUCUGCCUGUGCUGAGUAAUGUGUAACGCAUUGGCUGUUUCUAAAAAUAAAGAUCUAUGUACAUUGUAGGAAACUCUACCUCA